AUGCUGGCUUCUCCAUAUAGGGCCAUUUGGACUACCUCUAGACGGACCAUACCCCGGGCUGGUGCGACUGACGUCUCAUGGUUAUGGAAGGUGGUAGCAGCCUGCUUUGCAGCCUUGAACCUAGUCGGGUAUAUGAUAUUGGCUGUAGUGGUCGGUUCCCCACCCCAUGAGUUGCGAAUCAAUGCUACAGUCUCUAUUGUUACUGCAUUUGUGUUUGUUGGCAUGUCUUACGGUGUAUCAGGCCUGAUUGCCUUCGCCCAGCGCCACCAAAAGCGGUUCCUCCUCCACUCAAUAUUUAUCCCAUACUCGACGGUGAAUCUGCUCGCGCUCCUAAAUAUCCUGUUCCAUAUCCACGGAAGAAGUCUGCAAAUGAACACCCUGCGGAUCAUAAAUAUAUGCAUACCGACUGCUUUCUCGGUUUGCUACGCCCUCGCGGGGAUUUUGAUAUAUCGAGAAGGUGGACAUCAGCGAGCGGAGGAAGGCACGCCGCUACUCACCGACGAAGAGAUGCAACGUCGCCAGUUGCUUCGUUUGUUGGGUGAACGUAGUAGCGCGCCAUCGCCUGAUCUUGUGCGAAACACUUAUCGUUUCGAUUUACCUGAAGAUGAGGGAGCGCAGAAGGACUGGAGUCAUUUGACUGCUUGA